GCGGCGGGCAGGGCUGAAGCUUGUCCGGUUGCUGUUGGAGACCCAACCUGCCCCGCUGCCUGCUGAACCGCACCGGGCAGCGAGCGGGCAGGCGGGGUGUGCCGGGGAGACGCAGCACCUGGGGAUCCUUGUCCCAUCGCCAGAGGCACGAUGGACGCCUGCCUAGGAUGACGCAUGAUUGGGGGGGAAGGCCAAUUUUGAUAAAGAGGAUGAAUGGAAGGAGAAAAGGCACCUGAGAAGGAUGGCAAGCUGUGCCCCAUGACGACCUCACGCGUGAUGUUUUAUGGGUCCUCCUCCACCAUGGCUCCGCCAUCCAAGAACCGGCUUAAGCGCCAGAGCCGGAUUUUCUCCCAAGUCUUGUACCGGACGCUGAGCUACAAGGACCGGAGCUCAGCCUCUGCUUCACCGGCAGCUGGUGAGGAUGACCCAGCCGAACUCUCCACCCAGCUCUCAGCCCCCGGUGUCCUGAAAAUCUUCGGAGGCAACAUCUGUGCAGGCACCAACUACAAGAGUGUGCUGGCGACCGGCAGCUCGGGUGCACGGGAGCUGGUGAAGGAAGCCCUGGAGCGCUAUGGGCUGAGCCAGCUCAGCGCCGGGCAGUACGCCCUGUGCGAUGUCAUUGGGAGGUUUGAGGGCCCCGAGAAGCGGUGGCAGACGGAGGGGCUGAGGGUCCUGGGUGACCAUGAGAAGCCACUGCUCAUCCAGGACCUCUGGAAGCCCAGGGACGGCUUCUCGCGGCGGCUGGAGCUGCGCAAGAGGGCAGAGGUGGAGGAGCUGGCAGCCAGGGAUGUGGACACCACCACCGCAGGUCAGAGCUGAGUGCGAUGCAGGGAGGUGGUCUGGGGGGCUGUGACCCUCCCAGAGUUGCUUGUGGGAGAUGCACCCUGCACCAGCAGCUUUUGCAUGUGUUUUGGGCAUGGGGUGGGGGGGUGCAAGUGGGAGGGUAGCCACAUUUUAGCUGCAAGGUCCUAGGUAGAGUUGUUACUCAGUGCUCUCCUGCAUAAGUUUGGUACCCGUGACCUCAAAUACUUACCCCAGCCAGUCUAGGAGUUCACACCAAAUCCCCACUCACAGCUGGGCAGCAGCAGGCAAGACCAUGAGUGUUACCUGCUCUUCCCGUCACUGUGAACCUGCGUUGUGGCGUCCCAGGCCUCGGCACAGCUUCAUGUCUGGCAGAGCACUGCCCCGCUCCCCUGCACUCCCAUCUCCCCACGGGCAUUCCCCAGGCCAAACAUCCCUGGCAAAUCUGCAGGAACAAUUAAGCAAAAUGAAAAGCUAAUGAAGAGAGAGCAAUGUAGGGCAGGAGAGCCUCUCCGGAGGUGCCCGAGCAGGUCCAGGGCUGGCAGGAGGAGAUAAGUGCAUCAUUAGGAACCAGUAGGUUAAUAAGCGACCCCAGCACAGACUAAUGAAGCUUUCCUCCUCCCACCCUCAGAUAAAAGCUUCACAAGGAUGAGGGCAGAAAGGUUUAAAAAUCAGAUUUUUAAUUGCAUGAUGCCCUUGGUGGGUCUGACCUGCUGAUGGAUGGGUCUGGGUCAGGCUCUGGAGGUGUUGAUCAGGGGGUUUUGCUGUGAUGGGCACAGAGUGGUUCCUUAUGCCUGUAGGAAAGGGUCGUGAUUGUCAGAAAUAACUUAAUGAUGAUGCAGGAUUACCCCAAGUGCUCAGCAAAGAAGAGCCAAGGUUUCCUCACCAGCAGCAGAACAAAUGGCCCAACCUGUCCCACACCAGUGGGGAUGGGACUCCUUUCCCAUCUGCUCUAACACAGGCCCAGGCACACGGCGCGAAGGAAACCACCUGUGGGUGUUUCAAGGAAGAGCAGUAGCUGCUGGAGCCCCACCAGCUGCAUUUUUCAAUUGUAAUUUUGCCUGGGUGCCCCAAAAUCUGAGCGUGACAUUUGCAACUUUGGGGGUUGCUUGCAUUGUGGGUGAUCUCCAUCAGUGUGGGGAGCUGGGCUCAUCCUCUGCCUUGAUAGGGGAAGGAUGGAGGUGCAGUGGAAAGCAGCCCCCAGCCCUCAUGUUAAUGCUCUGCAGGGUGGUCCACUGGCACCCGAUGGUGACACAGGGCUCCCUCCAUGUGUCUGAUCAGGGAGGGGAUGCCACAGGAUCGGUCCCAGCUUGCUGCAUGUGUGAUGCAAAUGGAGAGAAAAGGGCCUGGGCCAGAGAGGGAGCUGCAAAGGUGGAUGAUCUGCUCUUCUGUUUUUUUCUCCAACCAGGAUCAGAGAGCCGUUAAGCACUUUGGGAAAGCAGUGACUAAAACCAGCUUCUUUUGAACAGAGGAAAGGGCAAGAGCCAAGUGCAACGGUUAUAGCACAUGGUGGGGGGGGACACGUGGCAGCUCCCUGCCUGAGCCCAAGGUCACAUCAGCUCUCAGUCUCAAAUACUCCCCCUUGGCUGCAGGAAGCAGCAUUCCCACAUGUGACCUGGAUUGUGGGUGGGCUUUACCACAGGGAGGUAAAGCUCCCACACAGGCUGGGGGAGCGGCAGGCAGCAGGCUGCCGGGCUCGGGAGUGGGCAGCACCGAGCUGGCCUGGGCUUGGCACCCUUUGGUGAUUUCCGAUAGAGGAGCAGUUCCUGAAGGGAUUGCGUGCCCUGGAUCUGGAAAUAAGCCCACUAUGCUUUCGAUGUAGAUAUCACUUCAUUUGUUUCAGCACUCCUGGGCGGGGUGGUGGAAAUUCCUCAUUUUUAAAACUUUGGGAAUUUUCUAUAGCUGAGCAAACUCCUCCAAGACAGAAAACACACCCACGUUUGUUUAGGCUGUCUGUUCUGCAGACUACACAGCCUUUAAUUGUCUUACCUGUUAAAAUCUCACUCCUACAGCCCUUUCUUUGAGUGGCACCAGGGGCUCUGUCACCAGUCUCACUCCAUGCUGAUGGCACUGCCUGAAGGGAUGCUGUGGGGCUGGGGCCACACUUUCCCACCCUAUCCACAAGCUGCCAGGGAUGAAUGGGAGUGAUGCAGCGUGUCUGGGGGAGGCACCUACUUCCCCCUCAUUCAGCACCCCAAAAAGACACAAAAUUCCUGGUGUCUGACCACCAGAGUCACCCUUGUCACCAGUCUCAAGCUGGCAGAGGUCCCCUUGUUGAGCAUCAGCUGCCUGCCCAGGAUCAUGGGGAGCUGGUGUGGAAAAUGCAGCAUAUGUGCAAAAAAUAAAAGAAAUUUGGGCUUAUAGUUCCCCCCCCGGAAAAAACAACAACAACAACAACAACAAAAAACCCACCAAAUAACAACCAACAAAAAAACCCCACAGACAAAAAAACAAACAACCCAGAGAUGAUGCAAAGCAGGAUCCCCAAGGAAAUACCUGCAGGGCCCUUUCCCACACAGGGCAUCCAUGGAGUGGUGGGGCUGGGACCACCAGUGUCACACAGCUCUGGAGCAUCACUGCCCACCCUGCUGCUGAGCUGGUGGCUGGAGAAAAGGCUCCACACCCAUCCGUGGCCUGUUAGCAAAUAGCUUCAGAGUUUUACCUGCUCAAUUAUUCAUUAUUCUAAUUAGUUGAUUAGCUGCUUGCCACCGAAGAGGAAGACGCUCACUCCUCAUGCCACUAAUUAGCAGCACAGGUAGAGCAUCUCUAUAGUAAACAAGGCAGGCACCCUCUCUCACUGCUACUCCUGAUCCUGCUCCUUUUGGGGAGCAACGAGGCAGCAGUUAGGGAGCAUCUGGCAAAAACACAAACUGAAGGGUGCUGGGACACAGGUGCAGCACUUGGCAUCUUUGUGGUAUUUUUCUAAACCAGCCCCAUUUUGUGCUGUGUCCUGAGCUUGUUGGGGCUUUCCCAGGGGGCUGAAUUGCCAGCACACCUUGAGAAACUUAGGAGUUAAACCUAUUAUAUUAAAGGAUGCUCUGGCAGGUACCUUUGAGGAUGUGGCUUUGAUAUACUUUAGCACAACUGCAUCCAGGGAGGACUCCCUGCAGGGCCUGCCUAGCAAUUACAUUAGGACAGACUAACCUGGUGUUAGCCCCUCCUGGGUAAAUUCAAAGAAUUUCUUCUUUCCUGGUGCCUGUGGAGUUAUUUAUUGACUGAUUUAUUUCUUAGCCAGGAAAAGGGAACCUCUUUCUUAGGCUGAACAAGAGGCAGAUCCCAGCCAAGAUCCCAGGCAACACAAGCCCCAGGAUGCAGGCUGAGUUUAGAGGGAGCAGCUUGGGGAAGGCCUGGUGGAUGCUGGCCAGGGGGUGCACGGUGCCCCUGAUGGGGUGCCCAGCGCUCCCUAAGGGAUGGGGUGCGAUCCUGUCCCCUUCCCAUCCGUAUCACCAUGGGGCUUCAGCAGCUGCCAGCUCUGCCCCGGCUGCACUGCGUCAGAGAUGCUUGUGCAGCAUUUCGGGUGGGAUAACCUGCAUGCGCUCGGGAGGAGAAAACAGUACCAGAGGACUGAAAAAAAACCCCAAACCCAGUUUAUGGAGAGACUUUGUUAUGCUCAGGAAAAGAGCUGUGUUUAUCUUUCCAGAGCAGCUCUGGGGUUAGCAGGGAGCCUGUGACAGGGGCUCUAUUGGCAGUAAGAAAGCAGCUUUUUCUACACAAAAUAAAUACAGAAGCUUCCUUUUCCCUA